AUGUCGAAGAAACGUAUUUUUACAAUUCGUUCGGUAGAACCAUUUAGUCCUUCUUUAUCGUCAGUAAAAAAUAAUGAAAAUUCUUCAACAAUCGAUAAAGAAAGUAAAACUACUAAUUUUGUUAAAAAUCCAUGGAAAGUUUUUAAACAUUGGAUUACCGAGAGUUUUAACUAUUACUGCGAGACGACAAGUUUGCAUGGAUUCAAUUAUAUUACCCGUGAAGGUAUUACAUUUGGAGAAAGAGUCUUUUGGAUUGGUGUUGUUGUAUUAGCUAUUAUAGCUUCGAUAGUGCUUGUUUCGGUAUCUUGGUCAUCAAAUCGUGAAACACCUACCGUAACAGUGAUUGAAGGAUCACACUUUCCAACUUGGAAUGUACCAUUUCCAGCUGUGACAAUUUGUAAUUUUAACAAAAUUUCCAAACAGAAAGCAUUGCUUUUGGCUAAUAAAAUGAUCCGUCCUGAUAAUAUUUCCGACGAAGAAAUCGCUCAACUUUUUCGUAUAACCAUGUACUACAGUUUUGCAUUGAAUUACAAUGAAACCGACUUUAAGCGACUUGAAGACAUUCUUAAGUUCAAUAACUACACAAGCAACCGUUUAUUUGACGAACUUACCCCGAAUUGUAUUGAUAUGAUAGUUCGUUGUAUUUGGAAAGGUACGAACGCUAGAUGUGAUAGUUUAUUUCAGAAGAUCAAUACUACCGAAGGAAUUUGUUGUUCGUUCAACUAUUUCGGAAUGGCGACAAAUAAUUUUCCAGUGAAACUAUCUUAUCAAGUUCCGAAAAUUCCAUUUCGUGUUACUGGUUGUGGUUAUCCCACGGGACUGACAAUUCUUCUAAAUCCAGAAAUGGAUGAUUAUUUCGGAACUUAUGUUAGCAGUUAUGGUUUUCGAUUGAUGAUCCAUGAUGCCUAUGAUUUUCCUGAUGAAAAUGCCGAUAUGAAAGUAUUAACUUCGUCCAGGGAGAGUUUUGUUCGAAUUGUACCUGAAUCAACAUAUGCAACUCCUAGUGUUGCUGAAAUGCCUAUUCAACAAAGAAAUUGUUUAUUUGCGAAUGAGAAAAAACUUCGAGUGAUGCAGAGGUAUUCCUAUAUUAAUUGUUUAAUGGAAUGUCGGGUAUCUAUGAUUUUUAAGGCUUGUGGAUGUAUUCCGAUUAAUUUGCCAAAUAAUGGAAGUUAUCCAGUUUGUAAAUUUGAUGAAUAUGUUUGUAUAAUCAAUAAUCGAGACAUUCUAAUCAAGGCUAUUCCAAGUUUGGAGAACACAAUCAUUAGAGGAACAUCUCGUAUGGCCUCGAAUUGUGAUUGUUUGCCAGAUUGUGAACUUAAUCAAUAUCCUUCGGAUAUAACAAUGGGAAAAUUACAUACGAAAUUUGCUGCUAAUAAUAUUGCAGGGAUAGUAAAUAUGGAUCCAAAUGAGAGUAUUUUGUUGCAUGUUUUUUUCAGUGAUUUAAUGUCAACACGAUAUAGAACGGACAUUUAUCAAAAUUGGCUAUCGAUGUUGGCUUCAUUUGGUGGACUUUUGGGACUUAUAAUGGGCUUUAGUAUAGUGACGGCAUUUGAAUUUUUGUACUAUCUUACUUUUAGACCAAUUUUUAAUUUUUUCAAAUAAUAAAAACUGUAUAAAAAACAUUCAAAUAUUUUCAAAAUUUCUGAGAU